GCGCGCAGGCGCAGUAGGAGAAACGGAUGCAGACUUUCAGCACCUUGGACAGAGAACAUCAAAUCGCUUACUAUAGAUUAGCAUUGUGAGAUGAAGGGUUAAGCAGGGAUAAAUCUCGAUAUAUAUCAUUGAAUUCUGGUGGGAGGUCGGAGGUCGUAUGCCGUCUGCCUAUGGGCAAAGAUCAGCAUUUUAAAUAGAAUCCGGCAUAAUACAAAGUGAUACUGGGGUAGUGUGCAAAAACGACUUCCGAAAAAUAGUGCAAAACCUUUCAUUUUGAGUUUUUUGUUUAAUAAUACGGAACCAUACAAAUGUUGAAACCUUGACUGAAAACGAGAGCAAAAGCAAUCGCUUCGAGUUAAAAGUAGCAAACGUUUAGCCGCAAAAUCAAACUCUUAAUCUUGCAUGAUUUCCCAGAAGUAGGACUGUAGAUCUCUUGUGCGUGGUUCGAACCUGACUUCACACCGGCAUACAAAAAAACAAGAUCUGAUUCUAAACAGUCGACUUGGAAACAAUCUUAAAAAAAUCAAAGGACUUGCAAUGGUAGAAGAUGCUGUGGUUGGAGUGUUCUGGUAGGUAAAGCUAUGGGUUUCUAUAUCAGCUCCCUGUCCAGGGCAGAUAUCCGCUGCACCAAGCCUCACUGUGACACACAACAGGCCCACCGCUACCAGACAGCUCCCAACUACAAUUACAACUGGACUGAUAUCCACUAUGAGGCCAGCCGGGGCAACGUGGACAAACUGCGCUCCCUCCUUCUCACUUCGAUUGUGUCAGGUAAAGCACAGAUCGACCAGAAGGAUUACUAUGGGAAGACUCCCCUGUACUGGGCUGCAUAUAAGGGUCAGAAGUUGUGUAUGGAGCUGCUACUGUCCUACGGCGCGGACGUGAACAGCCAGUGUAAACACGGGGGCACCCCUCUCCACGCGGCCAUUGGUCUGUAUCCAGAGUGUGUGCUGCUGCUCAUACAGCAUGGAGCAGACACUGACCUCCCCGAUACCUGGGGGGUGACCCCCAUGUACCUGGCAGCGUGCAGCGGACAGUCUGAGUGCAUCCAAUUGCUGGUGCAAGCUGGGGCCAGGAUCACCUACAAGAACAAGAACACGGGGGAGGCUCCCAAACAGCUAGCCUCCAAGACGGCUUUGAUCUCCUGGAUCGAGAGCUACCACAAAGAGCCCCGAUCGCUCAAGCAUGCCUGCAGGCUGAGGAUUCGAGGGUCUCUGGGACCGCGCAGGAUCACAGCCUUACGCACGUUUCACAUCCCGCUGUGUCUGAAAGAGUACCUGAUGUUCAAGGACCUCGAGCUGCAGGACUGCUCAGCGGCGCCAGCGACGGCACAGACGACACCCAGCGGGGACUGUUAAAGAUAAUAAAUGAAUGGGUAACUCUUUCAGUUCCAGGGCAUGCAAUCAAGGUAGCUAUUUCAAUCUGGAAGCCUACUUCAGUAAUGAAUGGCAUGAAAAAAGACACACGCCUUACCCUUCGAGAUGUGUAUAUUCGUUUCUUAGCAUCUUUAGUAUUGGAAACUGUAAGUACAUUAGUUUUAAAGGGCUCAAAAUAAGUAAAAGAUAUGUGUGAUGGGUGUGGGUAUUUUUACCACAAGUGGGUACCUGGGUUUUUAAAAACAGAAUUUUUUGUUCAUAAAAGUAAUUAAAAAUGUAUCCCUGUGCUAUCUCCAAAAUAAACUGAGGGGAAAAGCAAUAAAAGUCUCAUCUCCUUGUUUUAUCAUCUAAUUGUCUUGCAGAGCUGUUUAGCAGCUAAAGCACCCUAUACUUUGCCGCAAAAUGAUACCACAAUGUGAUUUUAUGGUCACUUUAAGAGGAAUUAAAAGAUAUGAGCAAAUAUCUGUAAUUUGAAUCGCUAUACUAUUAAUAAAAAUGGAAGUACAUGUAAUUACCAAGCGGUCUCCCAAGAAAUGCAGUACUGCAAUAAUUCCAUAACAGUUAUAGCAACUGUAGUUCUCUAAUUUCUAUAUAAUGUGUGUCCUGAAUCUGAAAGUUUUGCCAGUUACUUUUCUUCAUCAAUCUCACCUUGAAUGCUAUGCAUGACUCAAUUUGGUUAUGGAAGAACUACAAUUUAUGUACAAUCUCAUGAAGUUUGGGAACAGGAAAGCAAUGAAGCAACGCUAAGCGAUUCUGGCUGCUUAAACUGUGUGAAAUGGUGUGUCUCCUAAUGAGAGACAAACUACACACAAUGUAAAAAUGUAUUCCAAAUCCUACUAACAUGUACCCAGGAACUACAUCUAAACAUAAAGGUGUUGUUUUGUUUUGUUUUUAGUUUAGAAUUGUCGCACAUUGUUUGCAUGGAAUAAUUUCUGCCGUGUAAACUUUUAUAAGGGACCCAUGACCUUGAUAAGAAAAACAUCUAGUUUUU